AUGAAAAAGAUAGACGGGAGACGGCAUUCCAAGCAGUUUUUUUUGAAACGAUCACAUUCAUAUAACUCAAUUUUACAACCUAUAACAGCAGUUGAAAACUCAAUUUUUAAUCCAUUACUAUAUGAACAGCAUUUAGUACCAUUAGCACCGCUAUCAUUUAUGGAUCAUUUCCGAACAUCAAUACACUUAUCAACCACACCAGAAUCUUCAGAUAAUGAAAGUUUAAAUAGAAUACAAGGAAAUGGCUUUGUAAAUAAAUAUCCGUUAACAGCAAAAGUACCGACUUAUGAAUAUUAUGGAUUUGCUUUAUAUUUGGGAAGCACAAUAAUUUUUGGUAUGCAAAUCAUGUUAAGUAUUUAUAUUAUUUGGAGCUAUUUUCCUGUAUCAGUUCUUGAUGCUAUUGGAAUUACAUAUUAUCCGGAAAGGUUAUGGUCUUUGACUCUUCCCUCAUAUUUUAUAGUUACUAUUAUUUAUAUCUAUUUUGCUCUAAUAGGCUAUAAUAUUAAAGUGUUAACACCGAAAUUUAAUCAAAUAGAAUGUAUAACUGAUUCUUAUGCUAAGAUUUCAAAUACCGUAAAUAUAAAAUCAACAAGUGAUGCUGUUAUUGAUUUACCCGUUGGAGAGGUUUCAUUUUUAUUAUAUGGUGGCUCUGAUUUAUAUGAAUAA